CGCCAGAUGACUCAUACUUUGAUCACUGCCGAUACUACAUUUGCCUUCACUCUUGCGGGCCAAUCAUUUUAGUUGACAGUGGGAGAGAUGGCUAUUCAUCUCGGGCUUUACACCCAAGAGGAGACCAAGCAGCCUGAGUUCUACGACGCCCCUUUUCGUCUUCAUACAGACUUUGACCACAAGGCUUUCUGGAGGGAGCAUUCAUCUGACGAGCAGGAGUUUGUCAACACGAAGAGUAAGGCGCGAUACUGGAUUCGGUUGAGCUGGAGGAUCCUAUCUCUUGUUCUUUCGACAUCCUUCUUUGGGAGGCAGUCGAACACAGAUAGGGUCUACGAGAAGGAUAUGUUUGUUCUUUGGAGCUUGCACGUCUGCCGGCCGGCGAACGUGGCUGUGUACCUGGCUAGUGGAGACUCUUUCCUGGCUCUUCAGAGAGCACGGCUUCUACUGACCGCACUUCACCUGAGAUGGGAGAGUCUUCUAGUCAGUCCACAGAUGACCCACCAGAGCACAGUUGGCUCGCGCUCAGACGGAGGUAGCACCGGCAUGGGCCCAGCAACUCUUGGAGAACCAGAAUACACUUAUGUGGUCCGUCGUAGCACUCCAGCAACAGGAAGAAAUCGGCGGAGCUUUCGCUCGGAGGCCGCAAGUUUCCUUCCCCAUUUUCUUUCCUUCCUCGCCGUUCCUUUCAAUCGAAAAUACCGAAAUUGAGAUUAAAAAUACCAAAAUUAGCCGAAAUCCAUAGCUAUUCAGCCGAUUCUCUCUUUUGAUUAAGAUCCAAAAUGUCAAAAUUGAGAUCCAAAUUUGAGAUGUGUAUUCUCUUCUUCACCAAAUAAAAUAAAUUAAAGGAAAUCAUUCCUCGUAAGUGGUCUCUGAGUUUGUCCGUGCGGCGGAGGAUCCUGUGGCGCGCAAGGGUAUGUGCAUGAUGGGUUGGAUACUUACAAAUACAUAUAUGGCUUUUGGGGUAAUGUGAGUGAUUAAUAAGCCUAGCGGUGGGAAGUUUUGGUGUAUGAGUUGUGAGAAGGUCAUCAACGGUGCUAUUCCAAGUACUGGCGGUUUAAUUGCUCCAACACUUGAUGUUGGGGCGAGUUCUUUAGCACCAACUUUGGGAACGAUUGUCCCUUUGAUUGGAGCAAGUGGGUUAGUAGUUGUUGCCAGUGGAGCUAAAAUUAUUAAUGGGUCGGUCCAUGCCAGUUGGUGCAUCAUUUGAAGCUGUAAACGCCUACAAGAGCUAGCAUCGGGGUGUGGAGUAGUAGUUUCUUGGUCCAAGUUCUCUUCAUAGUUACUAUGUAAGUAGUAUAAGUUUUAGAAGAUUGUUUGGUUAACAUAAAGUGCAUCUUUAGUAGACAAAAAUAAAGAGCAUUUUAAUGUUAGGCGUACCAAAUACAACCAAAACAGGGGUUCAUAUCUAUACUCCCAAAAACAAAAUUUGAAAAAAAUAUGAAUGAUAUUUCCUGAUUUUUUAAAUCAUGUUAUGACCUGACCAUGUGGUAGCAAUCAAUUCUAUGUCCAUGA